GGUGCGUCAACUUCCAAAUCAUUCAAUUUCACUGCUAUUUUCAGACCUUGCUGCUGUUUCCUUCAACAUCCAAAACUUUUUAGCUUUUUAGCUUUUUAGAAUGUUUGCGCACUUGCAUAAAAUGAGUUAUCUAAAGCUUUCUGAUCUUGAAUUCUUGGUCCAGAAUUCAACAGCCUAGACCAUUUCAGUACUACAGCACUGGCAGAAUAGAACCAGAACCAGAACCAGAAUCUUAGUUUGACCACACAGGGGGGAAUUCAGUCGAAGAUGCCUGUUAAUGUUUUCUUCAAAGACGCAAGACGUGUUUUCAAGCUUGACACAAUCGGUCGGGAGAUACUGGGAAUUGCAUUCCCUGCUGCUCUAGCUGUUGCAGCUGAUCCUGUAGCUUCUCUUAUCGACACUGCUUUUGUUGGCCAUCUUGGACCCGUGGAACUUGCUGCAGUUGGAGUAUCCAUUGCUAUAUUCAAUCAAGCUUCAAGGAUUACCAUAUUCCCACUUGUAAGCAUUACAACUUCUUUCGUGGCCGAGGAAGAGACCAUUGGCAAGGCUGACAACAAAGCAGCAAGAGUUGAAAAGGGAAAGUGCUCAGCUGAUGAUAAUUCAGUGAAGGUUUAUGUGCCCGAAGAUCCUGAUCUAGAGAACGAUGAAAGACUUACAGCCAAACAAGACUCUGUCAACUUGAAUCAUGAACCAAGGAGUACUGCCACAACAGAACAAGUUGGAGAAAAAGAAAACAAGGAGAGCUCUUCAACGAAAGAGGGAAAAAAGGAAUUGGUUCCAGAUAAUGGUGCUCUUCAAGAAGAUCUGGAAAAAGAUUCAAGUACAAAUGUAAUCAAGGCUACCUCUGCCAAGUCCAAAAAGAAAGAGAAGAAGCAAAUUGCAUCAGCGUCAACAGCUCUGAUAUUUGGCUCAAUUCUGGGUCUCAUGCAAGCCAUAUUCCUUGUUUUCGGAGCCAAAUCUUUACUGAACCUAAUGGGUGUAAAAGAUAAUUCGCCCAUGUUAGUCCCUGCUCACAAGUAUUUAACACUAAGAUCAAUUGGUGCUCCUGCUGUUCUUCUGUCAUUGGCCAUGCAAGGGAUCUUUAGAGGGUUCAAGGAUACGAAAACUCCUCUUUACGUUAUUGUUUCGGGAUAUACUGUAAACAUCAUACUUGACCCCAUAUUCAUCUUUGUCUGCCGUUGGGGGGUCAAAGGUGCAGCUGCGGCUCAUGUUCUUUCUCAGUACUUUAUUGUGCUUGUUCUCUUCUGGAGACUUGUGCAAAAAGUCAAUCUCAUGCCUCCAAGUCUUAAAGAUUUGCAAUUCGGUCGAUUUCUUAAAAAUGGAGGUCUGUUGCUGGCAAGAGUUGUAGCAGUGACCUUCUGCGUGACUCUAGCAGCAUCACUAGCUGCAAGGCUGGGCCCAAAACCUAUGGCUGCAUUUCAAACUUGCUUGCAAGUCUGGAUGACAUCUUCUUUGUUAUCUGAUGGUUUAGCAGUUGCUGGACAGGCACUCCUAGCCAGUGCAUUUGCAGAAAAAGACUACGAAAAGACAACAGCAACAGCUACUAGAGUAUUGCAGAUGAGCUUUAUCCUAGGGGUUGGACUCGCUGUUUUCGUCGGAAUCGGGAUGUUCUUUGGAGCAGGAAUAUUUUCAAGAGACAUUCAAGUGCAGUACCUCAUACAUUUAGGAAUUCCGUUCAUCGCAGCUACACAGCCGAUAAACUCACUGGCGUUUGUUUUCGACGGAGUGAAUUUCGGAGCUUCUGAUUUCGCGUAUUCCGCAUACUCAUUGGUUCUGGUGGCGAUUGUGAGCGUUGUAUCACUGUUUCUUCUCUCCAAAAGCAAUGGCUUCAUCGGGAUUUGGACUGCUUUGACGAUCUACAUGCUUCUGCGUACUUUUGUUGGCAUCUGGAGGAUGGGCACGGGAACAGGACCUUGGCGUUACCUCAGAACCCAAAGGCUACCCUAAAUCAAACCGACCUCCACUUUA